GUGUGGCAGCUGCAAGCCGGCCUAGCCGGCUUCUACCGGCAGUCAAGUCUUCGGCCCUGUCCAUCGACCAAGUCAUUGCUGCACCGGGGCCAACCCUCCUGCGGCCGGGCCGUGCAAAGGUCACGGCCUUCCUUUUCAACAUCGGGAAGGAUGCUGAGGAAGCAGACAAGAUUGACCAGGAGACGGAUCAGGCAGAGAUACAGGAAGAGGCCAAGAGCAUUGUCAAUGCUGAGAGCGCAGGUUACGACACGCCCACGGGCGUUGAAGAAGGCGAGAUCGAGGAGUUCGAUCAUGAGCUUGAGGAGGAGCCCGCCGAGGCCCCGAGUGCUGCUCUGGAAGAGCCCCGGGAUCCCC